UUUAUAGGUCAUAAGAAAUGGAUAAGGAUUGGAUGGCGACUAAAAAUAGGUGGUCAGAGCAGUAUAAACAAGGGGUGGAAUCUUUCAUAGAAUUUGCGAUGGCGAAUUCAGGAGCACAAGAUAAGAUUCGGUGUCCAUGUAUUGAUUGUCUAAAUAGCAAAACACUUAGCAGUAAAGUUGUUAGGAUCCAUUUGAUACUAAAAGGAAUUGACUCUUCUUAUAAGACUUGGGUGUACCAUGGGGAACCUGUUCCUGCACGUCAGCCUCAAACACAAUAUGACGACUAUCACGAACACAAUGAAGGUAUUGGGGAUGAAACAGGACGGGAGGUCCCUGAGGAUGACAACCAAUUGCGUGAUAUGUUGGAACAGUCUAUUGUUGGUGGCAUUUUAGAUGAUGAUGUCGAUGGAUUGCCUAAUCUUGAGAGGGAAAAUGUGCGGAAUUUUGAGAAGCUGUUCAAUGCUGCUCAAUGUAAAGCUUAUCCUGGUUGUGUAAAGACAGUGUUAGCAUUCAUUGUUAAGAUGCUUCAUGUUAAAGUGUUUAAGAAGUUGGGCAAUGAGACGUUCGACAUGAUUAUGAAGAUUAUUAAAGAGAUGCUACCUGUAGACCGUGAGAUUGAGAGUACUAUUCCUUGGAAUAUUUAUGAUGCUAAGAAAUUCUUGAGGGAUUUGGGUUUGGAAUAUAUUCCUAUUCAUGCAUGCAAAUAUGACUGUGCACUAUUUUGGAAGGAAAAUGCAAAUUUGGAAAAUUGCCCUACAUGUAACGAGCCUAGGUACAAAGUGAACGAUGGAACGGGUAAGAAGAUACCCCACAAGAUAUUGCGGUACUUACCAUUGACUCCGAGACUACAAAGGCUAUAUUAUUGUAAGAAAACAGCUCCUGAUAUGAGAUGGCACAAAGACAAACGUGUAGAUGAUGAUGAAUUGCGUCAUCCGGCUGAUGGUCAGGAAUGGAAAGACUUCGAUGAGCAUUUUCCCGAUUUUGCUGCUGAACCGCGAAAUGUGAGGCUCGGAAUGGCUACCGAUGGUUUCAAUCCUUUUGGAAAUAUGAGUACAUCAUAUAGUAUGUGGCCUGUUAUCAUGUUGCCUUACAAUCUCCCACAUUGGAAGUGCAUGAAAGAGCCCUUUUGCUUCAUGUCGUUACUUAUUCCUGGCCCAUCGGCCAUUGGAAGAGAUAUUGAUGUUUACUUGCGCCCGUUAGUUGAUGAGUUGAAGGUGUUGUGGAAGGAUGGUGUGCGAACUUAUGAUGCCUCCACUGGACAAUAUUUUACAAUGCGUGCAUGUUUUUUAUGGACCAUCAAUGACUUACCUGCAUAUGCCAUAAUGUCUGGGUGGUCUACAAAGGGUUAUUUAGCUUGUCCCAUUUGCAACGAGGACAACUCAUCAGUUAGAUUAAGGAGUAAGAUUGGAUAUUUGGGUGCUCGUCGCUUUCUACCCGAGCACCAUAUUUGGCGAAGGAGCAAGCUCUUUAAUGGUAAAUUUGAGGAUAGGACUAGACCUUUGGAGUUGUCGGGCGAAGAAGUAUUACAACAAAUUAAUUUAGGGACAUACCCGCCAUUUGGAAAACAUCCAAAUAGGAGCAGGAAAAGAAAAAGGGAUGAGUAUGAGAACAAUUUGAAUUGGGGGAAGAAAAGCAUUUUGUUUGAGCUGCCUUACGCUCCUUUUCUCAAUCUCCGACAUAGUCUUGAUCCUAUGCACAUAGGGAAGAACAUAUGUGACAAUUUGGUGGGGACAUCUUUGGGUAUAGAUGGAAAGAACAAGGAUACGGAAAAGGCGCGGAAGGAUAUGAAGGAUCAGGAAAUACGAAAGGAGUUGCACCUAAAGAGGUGUGCAAAUGGGACAUUUGAGAAGCCCCAAGCCAUGUACACAUUGUCCCCAAAAGAGAGAGAAGGCUUUUGCGAUUUCUUAAAAUCUAUCAAGUACCCUGAUGGCUAUGCAGCAAACAUCUCUAAAUGCGUGAACACUCAAGGUGGUAAACUAUCGGGCCUCAAAAGUCAUGAUUGUCAUGUACUUUUGCAACGAAUUCUCCCGAUUGGGAUGCGUGGCUAUUUGAACAAGGAAAUUGGGACUGCGUUGUUUGAGUUUGGUAACUUCUACCAACAGUUGUGCUCAAGAACAGUGAAGCUGAGCGAUUUGGAUAAACUUCAGGAGAACAUUGUAAUUGUACUUUGCAAGCUUGAAAAGAUAUUCCCUCCCGCUUUCUUUGACGUUAUGGUACACUUAGCUAUUCACUUGCCUCGCGAGGUUAGGCUUGGAGGGCCAGUGCAAUAUCGAUGGAUGUACCCGAUUGAGAGAUUACUUGGAGUUCUGAAACGAUUUGUAACCAAUAAAGCUCGUCCCGAAGGUUCAAUUGUGGAGGCUUACAUAUCCAAAGAAUGUACAACUUUUUGUUCUAUGUAUCUCGAUGGAAUUGAGACAGUGUUUAACCGCGUAGAAAGGAAUGAUGAUGGUGGUGAGCGCACAAUGGGGUUAGCGGCAUUCAAUCAAAAUGUUCGUCCCUUCGGUCGAAUCCAAAGAGCACCUAAUGUACCUGUCAACCAACGAGACAUGGCUCAUUGGUUUGUCUUAUACAAUAGCCCUGAAGUCGAUCCUUAUCGAGAGAUACACAAGACCUUACUGGAGGGUGACAAUACCAUUGAUAUUGCAAAAAGACAACGCAAAGAGUUUUCCCAAUGGUUCAAAGGGCACAUGAAUGAAUUGCGGAACCAAGGGUCUCCAGAAGCAACUGAUGAGUUGUGGUCAUUGGCUAAUGGACCUGAUGCAUUAAUAGACACAUAUUCAGGGUGCAUUUCUAAUGGCGUUCGAUUCCAUACUAUUGAACAUGACAAUCGACAUACAAGUCAGAAUAGUGGGGUACUCGUGGAAGGGGAGCAUGAACAACAGACAAUUGACUUUUACGGCUUUUUAACCAAAGUAUGGGAGUUGAGCUAUUUGUUCAAUCAUCGAGUUGUUUUGUUUCAGUGUGAAUGGUACAAUACUGGUAGUAGUAGAACUAUGUGAGUUGAUGUGCAUUGCAAAAGCAUUGAUACAAGGACUCGAUGGUAUAAAGAUGACUCAUUCGUAUUACCAAGUCAAGUCCAACAAGUAUUCUACAUUAAAGAUACCAAGUUUGGUGAAAAUUGGAAAGUAGUAGAACGAAUUCAACGUCGAGGAAUCUGGAAUGUCCCAGAGAUGGAUAGUUUGGAAACCGGCAGUGCUCCCAAUGAAGUUUUCCAGCAGGACACAACUACUGAGAUUCCAGAAAUUGUUGUCGAAUUUCCCACUGUUACCUCUUUGUGGAGAAAUGACAUUGAACCUGCAAUUAUUAGCGAGGAUGUGGUUUUACAAUCUGAGGGUGUAGAUGAAGAAGAAGAAGAUAAUGAAGAAGAAGAAGAAGAAGAAGAAGAAGAUUAUGAUAUAGAUCCUGACAAAGAACAUUAAUGUUCCAAGAUUUGAUGUUUUUGUUCUAUGGUGGUAAACUAAGUAGUGUCUUUUGUACUUGUCUAUGGUGUGUCUUUUGAUCCUGACAUAGAGCUAGGUGUGUCUUUUGUACUUGUCUAUGGUAUCUAAGGAGUCUAAUGUGUAUAUUCAUGCUUAGGGGAUGAUAUA